AUGCGCUCCAUCGUCUCCACGCGCGUCCGUUCGCCCAUCGGAGCGAGCGUCGCGCGAAGACGAUCGCGAGCGAGCCCGAGGGCGAUCGGCUCGGACGAAAACGACGCUCGAGCGCUCACGAAAGCUCUCGAAAAUGCGAGAAAAUCAAAGUCGAAUGAGUUCUCCCCGGGCGCCGGCCUAGGGCUCGACGCCGAGGCGCAGGCCAUGUCGGCGUACGCGGAUAUGAUCGAUACAUCCAUCGGGGGCGAUGGCGCGCUGAGCGACGACGAAGCCGCGGCGUUGGCGACGGGUGGGACGAUGGACGCCGAGAGCACGGCGAGGCGCGCGCGCGGACCGCUCGCCGAGGCGUUCGAGCUGUUUAAAGCGUUGUCCAAGGGAGCGCACAUCGUGCAGAGCGACGACGGGCGAACGAUGACGUGUUGGCGAACGCGCGAAAAUCUCGCGUCCCGACGAAAUAUUGACACGCUCGACGUAGUGCGUCGACGUCACACGCGCGCCAGCCGCGACUGA